GCAAUUCUGAGCGCGGGACGGUGUAACUGCGGAUUCCAGCAUGGAAUACUUCUCUGGCGUGGUUGCAAUAAUCCUAGCUCUCCUACUAGCAACCGGUGGAGAGGGAUGGACAGGGACGCGAGGCGGGUGUUCUGCUCCCUCGUCAGUGGCGAUGAGCCGUAUCAUCACUAGCACAUACAACGAUUCCGGCCUACGAGUAGUGAUUAGAGAAAACGAAACUGUUUGCAAUUCGUAUGCUCAUGAAAAAAUGUCUGUAUUCUCUCUGUAUGACCGGUGCAACGAAACGUCGUGCCUACCUGAGCCCGUGAGUGUUGUACUGGAUAUACUGUGCCUAGACGGCGUGUGGGAACUAACGCACUACGAAAGAGUGUCGUAUUCUACAAUCUCUAAUGAAAGUCCAAACUGCACCGAUUGUUUGGAUGUGGAAGCGUUUCAAAGCAGAGGGUACCCUACCAAUCCCCCACACUCCCUGUCGUAUAACCAGACGACUCACUGCCUGUUGCUCCCCUCCUGCUAUAAUGAGGCUGGUUCACUUAUUGGAUACUUCAGUGCCAGAGAAUGUUGCGUGGAGAUGGAAGAGAGCCGUUCCUACAUAUAUUUGGAUGAAUCUUUCCCCUUCCCCUGCAUAGUGCAUGGAUUUGUGAAGACAAAAUACAGUGUUGUAGAGGGGGAGACAUUGGACAUUGUUUUUGGAAGAAAUGCCAAGAGCACAACUAACUUUCCACUGCUCACAAUCGAAGGCAGUGUCAUAUCGGAGGGGGAUGAGGAUGAUUAUCAGCCAGUCUCAGUCACUUUGACUCGGAGAGACUCAAGGAUAACUCUCAGUUUGACUGCAUACAAUGAUACGAUUGCUUUGGAAGAUGGCAACAAAGUCUUUCUAAGACACACUUCCGGUAUUAAUAAUUAUGUUAAUCUGGUGGAGCAAAGAGGGGAGUUUUUCAGCCACACUGCAGAAGUAGCCAUUGUGGAUAAAAACAACCGAGUGGAAAUAGAUCUCGCUCAGUCUGUAUACACUGUGUCCGAAGAUGAAGCCGGUAAUCAAAUACUCACUCUAGUAAUCAAGAACGGUUUAACAGCAGAGGGCCCUAUCCCCCUGAGGCUCACAGCUAUGAGUCUGACUUCGCCGGUUGUUAAUGAGGUUGAGAGGGCUACACCAAGACAAGAUUUCCAUGUAGAGACUGUGGGUAUUGAAAUCCCUCCUGGAGCAGUUGGAACGACCAAUAUUAGUCUGAACGACAUCAUUAUUGAUGAUAACACUGUUGAAAACCGCAUCCAGAGGUUCAGCCUGAUGGUGGAGGUAUCUGAAGACCGAGUGUUCUUUGAUUCAGACAACUCCACUGAGAAAUCAGUUGAAGUGGCUAUU